UCUAGGCAAAGGAGCGGUUGUUUCAGCUUUGGCCGAAGUCCGGCCCUGAACCUCGAAAAUGCUUAUGGCGCCCCAGGAAAGGACCUCCUCAAGGAAGAGGUCGGGGCUGAAUGGAUGGAAACAGUUUACAAGGAAGACGAGUCCCACCAAGCCUGUGUUUGACCCUGACAAUGUGGAACACUGGAUUAAGAGAGUGGAGAAAGCUUCAGAAUUUGCAGUUUCAAAAGCAUUUUCUGCUGGAAAUUCAGAUUUAUCCAGAAGGCUUUGGGGCCAAAUUGUAGAUUUGGAAACACCUGAGCAAAUAGAGGAUCAUGAUGAAGUCUAUGCAGAAGCUCAGGAAUUGGUCAAUGACUGGUUAGAUACCAAACUUAAGCAAGAACUAGCAAGUGAUGGGGAUGGUGAUGCUGAAGACACUGUGUCACAUAUCCCUCCUGUGCCAGAAGCCAACGGGCAUUUGAAAUAUGACAAGUUCGAUGAUUUAUGUGGUUAUUUGGAGGAAGAAGACGAAAGUACCACCUUUCAAAAAUUCAUAGACCAUCUGCUCCAUAAAGACGUGGUAGAUUCUGGGAUAUUGGAAGAUCUUGGAAUGAAUGAAAACCAAGACAAGAAGUGGCAGAAGGAUCCUCAUCUUACCAUGGAGAUGAGACAUAAGCAGGUAAAAGAAAAUCGCUUAAUACGUGAGAAAGAACUGGAGCGCCAGAGAAUUGAAAAGACCCUGAAAAAAUCAGCCUUCUUAGAGGCUCAGUAUCUGGUGCAAGAAGAGAAAAAAAGAAAGGCUCUAGAGGCCAAGAAAGAGGAGGAGAAGAUUCAAAGGGAGAUGGUAAAGCUGCGGAGGGAGAUAAUUGAGAGGAGACGCACUGUGGAAGAAGCAUGGAAAAUAGAGAAGAAAAAGCAAGAAGAAAAUUCUCCAAAAAAUCCAGAGAAAGGCAUGUUUCAAAGUGUUCAUAUUCUUCUGGAUGAAGAAAAAAUGGCAAAAGAAAGAAAGAAGAAACUGAAAGAGUUAUUAAUCCAAACUUACAAGGAAAAUCACCAGUGUCAAAAACGGUAUUUCUCUGCCUGGCACAAGCUGAUUCUUGAUCAUAGGAUUAAGCUGGGGAAAGCUGGGACCCUGUCUGACUGGAAGUUGCAACUGAAGGUCCUGCGGGCCUGGAGAGACUACACAAGAUCCCAGAAGUUGGGGCGGGAGACUCAAGCCAUGGAAAAUGACCUUAGGGAAGAAAACAGAAAACAACAACUGGCCACUGACUAUAACCGGAAACAAGUUCUCCAACACCAUUUUACAGAAUGGCAGCAUUGGCAUCGUGCAGAGAUCCAAAAGAGAGAGCUGGCUGUUACAAAGGAGGAAACUCGGAAGAAAAUGAAUGAGCUGCUGAAGGCAGCAUCACUAGGGAAACUCAGUGCAAACAUGUCAUCAAGCAUCAGUCUCCUUGAGGAGGCAACAGCCAUGGAGGAUCCACCUAGAAAUGGAGAGGUGGCUGCCGUCCCCCCUUUGUGGGAAAAGCCUCCCUCGGGGAGCAAUGGUUAUGUGCCCAGCCCCCACCUAGGAAGACCAACAAAGGACAUCUUGCAGGUUCCCCUCCAGAAUGUCCCUCUGGAUACAUCUGACACUAAACCGCACAAGGCCCUAGAUGUUGAGCCCUCCCAACAGCCUGGCAACAAAGAGAAGCUCAGAACCAGCAGCCAGAAAGCAGAACCUAUGUGCAUGGGUCAUUUCCAUAACCGCCACAUCUUCCAGCAACAGCUGAUUGAAAAGCAGAAGAAGAAACUUCAGGAACAGCAGAAAACAAUUCUGGAGCUGAGGAAAAACCAGCGGCUGGCAGAGUAUCGGCGGGCAGCAGGGCAUGCCGACACACAGAGCUGCCUGCUGUCAAACCCUGGAGAAGAUGAACGGAAAAGAACCUGCCAGGUGCUUCCAAAUUCACCUGCUGCUUCCCCUGGGACUGAAGGUAGUAGAAGUGACUCCCGAAGUUCUCUGUCUGGGCCCAGAAGGAAUCCAAGGCAGCUGAUGGCACCCCAUCCCAUACUGAAAGCCAUGGAAGAGAGAGCAGUUCAGCGAGCUGAACGUAGGCGGAUCUUGGCAGAGAGGAAGAAAAAAAAAGAAGAAGAGAAAUUGGCCCAGUUAAAGGCCCAAGAGGAGGAGCGUCGGAAGAGGGAGGCAGAAGAAAAGGAGGCUCAGCUUGAGAAAAAACGAGAAGAGAAGAGACUGAAGAAAAUGAAAGAACUAGAGAAGCAGAAGAGAAUUAAGAGGAACCAGCAGCUGGAAGCAAUAGCCAAAGAACAUUAUGAAAGCGUAUUGCUAAGAAAAAAAGGUCUGGAGCCUUGGAAGAGACUGAGAAUGCAAAGCAAGCAAAACCUCCAGGUGGCCAAAGGACAUCACUCUUUGGCCCUACAGAGGAAAUGCCUGCUGACCUGGUUCCAGUGGAGUCAGGAAAGCCUGGCUAGGAAGAUGGCCAAAGCUGAUCAAUUUUAUUCCCAAAUAUUACUUAGGAGAGUCAUCCGGAGCUGGCUACAGUACCUGACUGACCUCGAGGAAGAAGUACGAACACUGUGUGUACAUUUUCUUCAGAAGAAGAUUUUCAGGGCCUGGUAUAACAUGGUCAGGGAGGCCAGGAUCGAUUCCCAGAACAAGCACAAGGUUGCGGUGGAGCACAGUGACAGGAGGAUUCUCUGGAUCACAUUUCAGACAUGGAAGAAGUUUGCAGAAUUUACGAAAGAGGAAAGAGGAAAAGAAGAAAGGCGAGAGCAGCUCCGUAGGAAGGUAGCUGAAAUUCUUCCAGACUUCCAGAUGCUCACACCGCUGUGACGCAGGUGUACAGCAAUCAGACACUCGGCCCAUGGGUUGCUAAUCAGUCCACUAACGCAUUUAUCACAGCAGGAUCAUCCAAAGGAACAGUCUAGAGCUCUGCUGUUCAAAUGUACCCUAUGUAUUUUUAGGAUCAUAAACUUUAAAAAGGACAAGUGUUUGCUUGCCUGAGACUGUGAAGAAAAAUAUGCCCUUAUAGCUUAAUGUGAAUUGUUGACAAAUGUAACUUUAAUUAAAUAGAAAUUAAAAGUAGUGAGCACUUAGAAAAGGAGGGCCAGUCAUCUGGUACCUUCGCAUCAGCAACAGGCAUCCUGCCAGACCCUGUCCUUUUUGCCCACCUGGUGGAAAACCGUGGAUCAAAAGGCAUUCUAGGCAGCUGCUGCAAAGGGUAGCAGUGUAUCCUGAUUUCAGAGAAACCGGAGCACCAGAGAUACUUCUCCUCAGUGCACUUUGCUAAGCAUGAAGGGAAGUCCAAAAGCUAAAGGCUCUUUCAAAGGCAGUCCAGCAAUUUGUUAAAAUGUCUACUCGUGCUCCCAGCUGCAACUUCUAAGUAACACACUCGAUCAGUCUUCCAGUCCUCAGCUCAGUUUGGUCUGUGUAUCAAGGUACUCAUCUUGAAUUCAAAGAAUGUUUUAAUGUUUAAGAUGCUAAAGAAUAUAAAGACCGACAAGACACUCCUGUGAAUUGUCUGAGAGAGUUGCCUUCUAGGAAAAAAGUUUUCAUUACAAAUUACAUGCUCAUUACAACAAAUUCAGGCAGUAAAUGCACACAGUAAAACGAGACAGUCCCUUGCAGCCCUGAGGUAACUACUAUUAUUUGAUAAGUUAAAAAUUUGAGUUGGUAAAAUAAAACUCUGUGU